AAUGAUCUUUUAUGCAUGUUUUUAGAGAGUUUGAUGAGAGAAAAUGUCAGUAAUUUAUAAUGAAAGCAGUUCUUUUAAUAGCCACCAGUUUCCACCGAUCUUCAACAAUCAUUGAGGCAGAAAACCAUCAGUGCGCCGCUGAAGAUUUGUCUCCUGCUAAUCACCUUCGUUUCCUUUCUACAGAGAAUUUACAUCUCGCCAGCAAUGUAUCGAACGGCACCAACAUCCCGCUGCGCUCCAUCGACAUUCCCAACCAGAGACUCUACCGAGGCCCCAUCCACUGCAUCGGCAGCAUCCUGCAGACUGAGGGCCUGCAGGGCCUCUACAGGGGGGCCGGGGCCAUGGUCCUCAGGGACGUUCCUGGAUACGUGCUCUACUUCAUCCCUUACACCAUCUUCUGCGACAUGCUGACGCCGGACGCCUCGUCGAGCCCUCAUCCUGGUUCCAUCUGGCUGGCCGGAGGACUAGCAG